CCCCAAAAAAUCAAAUAAAAUAAAGUUUUUUCUGUAUCCCGCCACUUGGGAGACAGAUCACUAGUUAGUUGAAAUGGUGGCUUUCAAGUUUCGGAUCCAACGCACGUUAUCUUUCCUUUCUCUCUCUCUCCUUAAUCUCUCUCUCCCUUCUCUCUCUUCUAUCUCUUUCUCUAAAAUUCUCCUAAUGGCAGAGAUCAGCUGCGUCAAGGAGAUUCAAGAAGAAGACGUAGAUAAGAACCGGUUACUGACUCGACCAGAAUUGGAUGUUACAGAUCACAAAGAGCAAACGGUCAACGAAGAGGAUGGAUGCAAAACUCCAACAUCAUCCCCUCACAAGAUUCCAGCGGCGUUAUGCCCACCAGCUCCAAGGAAACCGAAACCAAACCGAUCUUCCGGGAUGAAAAGAAAAUUAACGUCGGUUCAUGUUGUUAACCGUAUACCCAUUGAUCUGAGCCCUGAGAUCGAGAUGUUCUUUGAGGAGUUAGACCGCAGGAUCAAGAAGUCACGGAAACAAUAAUAAGACGACCAAGAUUACUGGUCCUUUCUAAUGUAUGACUGUGUAGUGGUAAUUGAUCCUUUAAAUCUUUCCUUCAUUUUCUAUUUUUUUUAUCAUUUCUGUAUAAUAUAAGUGACAUGCUGAUAACAAUAAAACUAUGAUGAUAAAGCCGCAAUCUCAUUAUAUCAUAGUUUUUCGGCAGUAA